CUGACGGUCAGUUCAACAGCCGUCGUCGUAUCAAAAUGGACGCUAUACAACCAGGUGCAGCUGUAUACACACAAGAUGAACAUGGAAACCCAUUCAUUAUCGUAAGAGAGCAAGAUAAAAAGACUCGUACUAGAGGUGUUGAUGCUAUUAAAUCACAUAUCUUAGCUGCACGCACAGUAGCCAACAUUAUCAAAACCUCCCUUGGACCUAGAGGUUUAGAUAAGAUUAUGAUCAGCCCAGAUGGUGAUAUUACUGUCACAAACGACGGUGCUACUAUUCUCAGUUUAAUGGAAGUUGACAACCAGGUCGCUAAACUUAUGGUCAGCUUAUCAAAAUCACAGGAUGAUGAAGUUGGUGAUGGUACAACCGGUGUAGUAGUUCUCGCAGGUGCUAUGCUUGACCAGGCUAUCGGUUUACUCGACAGAGGUAUUCACCCAAUCAGAAUCGCUGAUGGUUUCGACAGAGCUUGCAAGAUUGCUGUCAGCGAACUUGAUAAAAUUUCUGACUCUGUUGAGUUCACUCAGGAUGGAAAGGGCGUUGGUACUGCCGCUCUCUAUAAGGCUGCUUCCACUUCAUUAGGUUCAAAAAUUGUUUCUGCUCACUCAAAAUUCGCUCAGAUCGCUGUUGACUCUGUUCUUUCUGUCGCUGACCUCGAACGUCGCGAUGUUGACUUUGAAUUGAUAAAGGUUGAUGGAAAAGUUGGUGGUUCACUUGAAGAAACUUCUUUAGUUCAAGGUGUUGUCGUUGAUAAGGAUAUGUCACACCCACAAAUGCCUAGAUCAGUUAAAGACGCUAAAAUUGCAAUCUUAACUUGUCCAUUCGAACCACCACGUCCAAAGACAAAGCACAAGUUAGACAUUGGUUCAGUUGAAGAGUACAAAAAGUUAGAAGCUUAUGAAAAAGACAAGUUCGCUGAUAUGAUCAAGAAAGUUAAAGACUCUGGUGCAAAUUUGGUUAUCUGUCAAUGGGGUUUCGAUGAUGAAGCUAACCAUUUGUUGAUGCAAAAUGAUUUACCUGCAGUACGUUGGGUCGGUGGUCCAGAAAUCGAACUCAUCGCUAUCGCUACUAACGGACGUAUCGUACCAAGAUUUGAAGACCUUUCAGCUGAUAAAUUAGGACACGCCGGUAUUGUCAGAGAAGUUGGAUUCGGUACAACAAGAGACAGAAUGCUUGUUAUUGAAGAAUGUGCAAACUCAAGAGCUGUCACUGUCUUUGUUAGAGGUUCAAACAAGAUGAUCAUUGAUGAAGCCAAGCGUGCACUCCACGAUGCAAUCUGUGUUGUACGUAACUUGAUCGUUGACAACAGAGUUGUCUACGGUGGUGGUGCAGCUGAAAUUGCAUCCUCAAUAGCGGUAACUAAGGCAGCAGAUGAGACUCCAUCGAUUGAACAAUACGCUAUGAGAGCAUUCUCACAAGCACUUGAUGCAAUCCCAUUAGCAUUAGCAGAGAACUCCGGUUUGUCACCAAUUGAAACCCUCUCAGAUGUCAAAUCACAACAAGUUAAUGACAAGAAUCCAAACCUUGGUAUCGAUUGUAUGGGUAGAGGAAGUUAUGAUAUGAAAGCACAAAACGUACACGAUCCGCUUGUUUCUAAGAGACAACAAUACCUUUUGGCAACUCAGCUCGUUCGCGCUAUACUCAAGAUUGAUGACGUUAUUACAGCAGGUGGAGAUAUGUAAUUUAAAGAUGCAUUUAUUAUUCCCAG